GCAACAGUGAUCUCUGACGACAUCUGAACACACUCACCGCGGCACAGAGCUGCUGGAUCUGCAGUUAUCGCAGAGGGCAGAAUGACCACAGAGAGCAUGGCUCUGAAUAAACUAGGCGACGUAGAGGCACUGACAGCCCGCUCUGGAAAAGUGCAUCGCCCCAUCAACCUGAAUCACUAUGCCACUAAGAAGAGUGCGGCUCAGAGUAUGCUGGAUGUUGCCUUGCUGAUGGCCAACUCGUCCCAGCUGAAGACUGUCCUCUACGUGGGCCCUCAUUACCGUUUCUACAUCCCGCUCAUUGUCCUGCUGUCUCUGUCCAUCACAUUACAGGUCAUAGUGGGGCUGCUGCUCGUCUUUAUCGUGAAGUACGAUCUGAACGACACGAGGAAACACAGCAAGCUGAACAGAAUGAACAAUGUAGCGACAGUCUUUGUCUUCUUCACCGUCCUCAUCAACAUCUUCAUCACAGCUCUAGGAUUUGAGGGACAUGCGGUCAGGUCAUUAGACUCAUCUGUGAUGUCAAUACCUGACUCUCACUUAUCCCCUCUGCCCGCUGACCCUAACACGACUGGUGGCAUUUAGACCCAUCUCUAGACCAAAAUAAUUUCCUCGUUCACCUGUUAGCUCAAAGCCUUGAAAUCUAAAGGGCUGUGGUGGGACAAUUCCUUUAUCAGUAGCCUUUUGAAAUUAUAAGUCAUCUGGGCAAAGAUUCACCAGCAGGUUUAAUUUAAAUGUUUAAUUCCUGGUGAAUUAAUCACAACCAUCACAUUAGUGCUGAGAAUCUUUUGUGGACCCAGAAAGACCUGGAUAAUCUCAGGAUCGCAGAGUAAAAGCCCAUCCUCAGUGACCAUCGACGCAACCUCUACUUGAAUACAUCAACGCUGCCUCUUCUUCCUUCAAGUGUAGAUGCCAACAGACUCCAGUGCAGUGUACUGACCCCUGGCCUUUGCUGUGUUAAUCUGUUACCAAAUGCACAGAAUUUCCUUUUUUUUUUCUUUGUUCAAACUAUUUAACGCCUUUCUCUUGUAAAUAUAAGUGGUUUACAUUGUUUGUUAAAACCUUAAACUGGUGGAAUUAUGCUCAUUUACAGUUUUGUAGGAAAUAAAUGAAUUACUUAUA